ACGGAUUAUUUACGAAUGAUUCAUCUCAUUCUCAUCAUUUCUACACCCACAUUUAAUUUUCAAAUAUGGACUGGGUGAAAAGCUUAAAAGAUUACAAUGCUGCGAAACAAAAGGAUACAGUCGGUAAAACAGAAGAGGAGAAAAAGGCAGAAGAAAUGGAAGUGUUCACAAAACUUUAUACUGAAAUGAAAGGUCCAGAUAAGAAGCAAGACAAGACUUUCAGUGCCAUUCCAAGAUUUUAUUACAAAUUACCAGGUGAAGAUGAUGUUCUGCUGCAAAAAUUAAGAGAAGAAUCGAGAGCUGUUUUCUUGCAGAGGAGGAGUAGAGAGCUGCUAGAUAAUGAAGAACUUCAGAAUCUGUGGUUUUUGUUGGACAAACACCAUACCCCUCCGGUAGUUGGAGAAGAUCAGAUGAUAAACUAUGAUGACUUUCUCAAAGUUGCUACAGAGGCAGGGGCCAAAUGCAAGCCAUUCUUUACAGCAACCAUCUUUGCCAAGCUGCUCCAGAAUGACCCCUAUGGUAGGAUCUCUAUCAUGCACUUCUUCAACUAUGUAAUGCGUAAGGUGUGGCUCCAUCAAACCAGGAUUGGUCUGAGUCUCUAUGACGUAGCUGGGCAAGGAUUUCUCAAAGAAGCUGAUCUAGAGAACUACAUUCUAGAGCUGAUACCAACGUUACCUCAACUUGAUGGGUUAGAGAAAUCCUUCUACUCCUUCUAUGUCUGUACAGCCGUCAGAAAGUUCUUCUUCUUUCUGGAUCCAAUGAGGACAGGCAAGAUUCGUAUCCAGGACAUCCUGGCAUGUAGUUUCCUAGACGAUCUUCUCGAACUGAGGGAUGAAGAAUUACCCAAAGAUGCCCAGGAAUCCAACUGGUUCUCAGCUCCUUCAGCACUAAGAGUGUAUGGUCAAUACUUGAAUCUGGAUAAGGACCACAACGGAAUGCUGAGUAAAGCAGAGUUGGCCCGGUAUGGAACAGGAACAUUGACUGAGGUCUUCCUGGAUAGAGUGUUCCAGGAAUGCCUCACGUAUGAUGGAGAAAUGGAUUACAAGACAUACUUGGACUUUGUUCUAGCGAUGGAGAAUAGGAAAGAGCCUCAAGCUCAGCAGUAUUUCUUCAGAUUACUGGAUGUUCAGAGCAGGAGUUAUCUCAAUGUCUUCGCACUCAACUUCUUCUUCCGGGCAAUCCAAGAACAGAUGAGAUCACACGGUCAGGAACCUGUAUCGUUUGCUGAUGUCAAGGAUGAGAUCUUUGACAUGGUGAAACCAGCUGACCCGCUACAUAUUACCUUACAAGAUCUCAUCAACAGUAAUCAUGGUGAGACAGUCAUCAGUAUCUUGAUAGAUCUGAAUGGAUUCUGGACUUACGAGAACAGGGAGGUUCUAAUGGCUGAAAACAAUUCCCAAGAUGAUGAUCAUGACAUAUGAACAGGACUUCCAUAAUUAUAUCGUGAUGUAUAUUGAUAGACCUGAAUGGAUUCUAGACCUGGCCCUGUUUCAUAAAACUUGUUAUCAAUAACAUACUGCAAUAACUGUUAUAAGCUACUGAAAUCAUUUUCAUGUGAUUGGCUGAGAGUAAAUUUGUGAUAGAAAUGAGACGCAUGUUAUAGAUAACAAGUUUUAUGAAACGGAACCCUGAAUGGAUUCUAGACCUAUUAGAACAGAAAAGUUUAAUGGCUGAAAACCAUUUACACGAUGAUGAUCAUGAUAUAUGGUUUGGAUUUACAUGUACGAUGAAGUUAAAUCUAUGCCAUAUGUGAUCACAACUUUGUUGAAGUGGACUGGGAAUGCUGUUUCCAUUUGUAAUGAUGAACUAUGUUAAAAACCAAUGGUAAAAAGCAACUCAUGGAAUGAAGGCUGAGAUAUAUAUAUAUGGAAUGACCUGCUAACUAUAUCAGUUUUAUCACAAGCCAUAAUAAAAAUGACUGGAGUUCUUGAUAAGAGUCUGAUUUAGAUGCAAAAUAUCUGCUGAAAGCCAGAAUGGUGUGAACCUUUAUCACUUUACAUAAGGUCAAUGCCCUUUAGGCCUAGCUAGCAGUCCAUAUGAACUGUACGUGUUGGAUGGUGACUACAAAGAAUGACAAACAAAAUGGCUUCCAUGUUUGAAUAUCUCAAUGUUACCCUGCUGUGAGCAUCGCUACCGUAUGCAUGGAAUGUAAUGGGAUCUUGUUGAAUUUCUUUGUCUCAUAUGCAGCAUGUGAAAUUUGGUACAAUUAUAUAAGUCAAUGUGUGUAAUGAUCGGUAGUAGUUUGCAGGAUGGGGAAUUACAAGGAAUAUAUAUUCAAAUAUUUUGUUUUGAGGGAUACAUUCUUUUUGUUGAGGACAGUGAAUAUUUCAAGUUCGAUAUCUUUUUCAUACAUUUUUUUCUGUCUUAACAAUAAUGAUUUCAAUUUUCAUAUACAGAAAUUUUUGUAAUGCAUGAUUGUGUAUCGAGAAAUGAUAAAAGGGUGCAUUUCUCACUAAUAAAGUACGGUAUAUAUUGAAUUGUAUUGAUUUUCCUCCAGAAGAUUAUAUGUUAUGUAUGAAAAGCUUUUUUACAUAUAUGUAUCAUGUUUAUUUCCAUGAAGAUAGUAGGAAAUAUUAUGAAGGUACAUUGUACAUGCUAGGGCUGGGAAUUUUGGGUGUCUUUUUAAUUCACCUCAAAUUCCCGGCGGGUACCAGGUUUCAAGUCAAGUACCUUUCACAGUACACCCAUUAUCCUUUGAGUAAGAAAAGGUUAAGCAAAUUCUUUUUUAUGACAUACCAGUAUUUUGUUUUGUAAUCAGUGAAUACAAAAUCAAGGUGGUUAAUUUUUUUAUAUUUCUUUUGUAUUUUUUCUCUCUCUUUAAUGAUGAUUAUUUAAAUUAGUAUACAGCUUGGAUACAAUCAUUCCAUUAUAAUUAUAGUGUUUUAAAAGGGGAACAUGAAGUAACUUUAUAUAUACUUAUAGCUGUGAACCAGAAACCAAGAACAUGAUUUAUGUUUCAUAUUUGUUAAUGAGGUGGUAAUGUGGGCCUGUAAUCUGGAAAGUAAUGUCUAACUGUAGGCUUGAUGAAGGUUCUCUAUUCUGGUUGGCAAGUUGUUGCUAUAUUUAAAAAUGUGCAUUGUAAUAUUUUCUGGCCAGACAGAUGUUGUUCUCCACUUAUUCAAUUGUUGUUUUCACAUUCAAAGAAAGAAAACCAUUAGUGACUUGGUCUUCACUAAACUAGACGCACCAAGUAUAACAUUAAAAAAAUCCAUAUACCUUAAUGCCUUGAAGCACUUUCACCAACAUGUAGUUUUCCUCUAUACCCUGGAGCUCUUGAUUUUUGACCAAAUAAUGUUGUUUUUCAUGUUCCUGUUACAGUUUUUAUUUUGAUAGAAUCACGCCAUUUGAUUCAAUUUUUAUGUGUAAGUUAUCAGAGCUGUAUACAUGUGUAUAUUUAUUGUACAUAAAUAUUUAUUUGCCAUGUAAAUAUUCAAAUAUGUUAAUGCACUUCCAGCUUUUGUAAAGAAACUAUUUAAUAAAUGAAGAGCCAAAUUCUUUUAAGCAUUUUA